AUGCUGCGACCAGUGCACUUGGCUAUUUUUCUGUUGAUGGUCGUUUUGGUGGCAUCUUUGGAAGGUCCACCAGAUGCUGCUCAAAUGGAAAUCGAACAGUCCCCAGACAAUGUCAACGAUUUAGAAGCUGAUGCGUCUUCUUGGGGAUAUUCCAGACCGUGGCGCUAUGGCUGGAAAAGCGGCGGCUGGGGUGGAUGGGGCGGUUGGCGAGGAGGUGGUUGGGGAGGAAGAGGAUGGUAUGGAAGAGGUGGUUGGUGGUGA